AUGGCCCGCCUUCUGCUCUCUUCCAUCAUGUUGCUUUCGGUAUCUCGCUUCUCGAGUGCCUUUGCUCCAGCUACCAGACGUUUCAGCCGCAAUGCCAUGUCCCUAGCCGCCAGCGACAGCGACUUUGAUGACUUCUCAUCCAAAGUCGCGUUCAUGUUCCCUGGCCAAGGCGCCCAAUUCGUGGGAAUGUGCAGUGAAGUUUGCAAGGAUGUUCCAGAAGCCAAGGCUCUUUUUGACGAAGCUUCCGAAAUUCUUGGAUACGAUCUCUUGGAGGUCUGCACUGAGGGUCCCAAGGAGAAGCUUGACUCUACCGUCAUUUCCCAACCUGCUAUCUUUGUGGCUUCCAUGGCUGCUGUCGAGAAACUAAAGUCUGAGAAGGGACAAGAAGCACUCGAUGAAGCCACUUGCGCCAUGGGUUUGAGUUUGGGAGAAUACUCGGCCCUUUGCUUCUCUGGAGCCAUCUCGUUUGCCGACGGUGUCAAGAUCACCAAGGCGCGUGGUGAAGCUAUGCAAGCCGCUUCCGACGCUGUCGACACUGGAAUGGUUUCCAUCAUCGGUCUAGAUAGUGACACAGUGAAAGAAGUUUGCAAAGCUGCGAGCGAAAAGAGUGGAGAAAAGAUCCAAAUCGCCAACUACUUGUGCAAGGGAAACUACGCUGUCAGCGGUGCCUCCAAGGCCUGCGAUGUCGUUGCUGAAAUUGCCAAGCCUGACUUCAAGGCACGAAUGACUGUCAAGCUUGCUGUUGCCGGUGCUUUCCACACUGAUUUCAUGGCACCUGCUGUGGCGGCUUUGGAAGAAGUUCUUGCCGACGUUGAGAUCAAGAAGCCUUCUAUUCCUGUCAUCAGCAACGUUGAUGCCAAGCCACACUCCGACCCUGAUACCAUCAAGAAAUUGUUGGCCACCCAAGUCACUUCCCCUGUCUUGUGGGAGAAUACCAUGGACUUGAUUCUUGGAAAGGACUUUGAAAAGGCAUGCGAACUUGGACCUGGAAAGGUUACUUCUGGAAUCUUGAAGCGCUUUUCCAAGAAAGCUGAGUGCACAAACGUUGAGGUCUAA